GCGACGCUGGUAGCAGCCGGCGACGGCAGCGACGGCGUCACCGGCGGCAGACCGUCGCCCGGCGUCCGAGUGCAGCUCCUGGUAACAACGCGUACGAGUGGACGGCUAACGGUGGCUGGAUAACCGAUAUAUAGCGGCCAGUGACAGUGCUCCCGGAAAAUUAGAUCAAGCGGUAGGCGCACAACCUAAUAAUCCGAUCUUCUGUGGGCUCCGAGAACUAUCGGAAGAUUUGGAAGAUUGGAUUUUGCUUUCUGAGUGAAUUGCCGAUUUCGAAACAUUGAAUAUCGACGUCUUACCGACAACUGUGUGUGAAUCGUGCAGUGCAUUGCAUCGAGUCCGAAAACACCUGUGAUUUGCAACGUCAACUGGGUGACGAUCUGAGAGUCUCCAUUUCAGGGUGUUGCGCGCUGGCCGUGGCGGACGUUGUGUCGACCUGCAGCUACAGCUCGGGUGCCGCUAUGGAGGGGUGCGGUGAUGCAAUGUGACGGUACAGGCGCCACCGAGUGCCACAGCCGCGGUCAGUGCGGGGCCGGGCCGCUGUGGUAGUGUGGUAACCGCCGGCCGGGGCCCGCGGCCGCCCGCGCCACGCGCCGCUGGGGUCCGUCCGCAGCUGGAUAUGAUCAGCCCGGGGGGAUGAUGGUGCAGCGCGACGUCAGGCCAGCGGAGAGCAUCCAGUGCCCGCCACCAGCCGCACGACUAUGCCGCCGACACUGGCCACUGCCAUAGCGACCACGCUACUCACAAUCGGUCUGCAUGCGGCGGCGGCGGCGGCUGACCAGCCGACCCACGACUACAGCUCGCUGCUGGAGAGCCUGCGCCUCACCGGGCCCGUGUUCGACCCGCUGACACCGACCAACGUCACGGCCCAGGUCGGCUCGCACGCCUUCCUCCACUGCACCGUCCACCACCUCAUGGACAAAUCGGUCUCGUGGGUGCGUAACAGCGACUCCCACAUCAUCACUGUGGACCGGUACACGUUCAUCGCGGACGCGCGCUUCCAGUGUCUGCAUCCGGAGGACUCGGACGAGUGGACGCUGCAGAUUCAGUACGUGCGGCCGCGCGACGCCGGACUCUACGAGUGCCAAGUUAGCACCGAGCCGAAAAUAUGGCGCACCAUUCGGCUCAGCGUGGUCGAGCCGCGCGUGUCGAUCGAGUCCGACUCGCAGGACCUGUUUGUGAACGCGGGCAGCACGGUGGAGGUGCGCUGUGUGAUCGCGCUCACCGUCUCGCCGCCGGCGCACACGUUCUGGUACCAGGACGGCGGCCGGGUGGUGCCCGACGGCGCCCGGCUCCGCGUGCUCAGCCAGCGGUCCAACGACACCACGUCGGUGUCGACGCUGCACGUGGAGCGCGCCCGUCUCGGCGACUCGGGCAACUACACGUGCGCUCCGAGCAGCCUGCCGUCGGCCAGCGUCCGACUGCACGUGCUCAAUGGUGAACACCACGCGGCCAUGCAGGACGGUGUGAGCGCCGGGUGGCCGGCGCGCCGCUCGCCGCCGCUCUGGACACUCUGCCUGACCCUGCUGCUGGUGCUGGACGCCCUGUCACCGGCCACCCGGGCCGUCCGACAGCCGGCGACGGACGCUGCCCGCUCCCCGGCGUGAUGGAUGGCCGCGUCGAUCGGUCGGUGGUCCGCCGCGGCGGCGGCGGCGCGCUCCUGACCGCCGCCAGAGCCCACCGCCGCCGCUACCGACGGCCGUACCCCUGGGACGGCCACUCGCCGGGAGAGAGAUGGAGCGCCGACCGGCCGCCGACGGGCCCGUGCACAGGGCGGGACCCCGAGCAGGACUGGUGAGGUUUCUCCCAACUGUUGGUGUCGCUGGCUGACUGUCGAUGGACUACCAGUUCUGUUGGUGAGGACGGACAGCGAUGGAGGGACUCGGGGCGAUGGUAACGUCGCUGACCGGUCGCGUCUGUGGGGGGAAAUGAGCGGGGCGUCGGCGGUCGAUAGUUUUCCUCGCGCGCCUGUCGUUACCGCCUGCCGCUGACGACUCGGACUGCUGCGCCGUUUCCGCGGCUGGCUGAGUCCGCCCUCGGUCGGCGACUGUUCGUAUUUGGCCGUGCUCCCGCCGCCGUGUGGUGAGCCAGACUCUCGGAGAGCGGCAGUUACCGUGCGCGGCACGUCGCGACAAAUGAGCGGCCGGUGAGCCAGUUAAGCCUCGCUCGCGCCGGACACUGGCGCCCAAAUAGCCGCUGUCGUCUAUCAGCUGGGGUAGGUGAGACGGUGAGAAGGCCCGCGCCCGGCAGACCGCACAGGAGCCGAUGGGCCGACACGAGACUCUAAUGAAAAGUUGUCCGGUCUGGGACGACCACGUGCAGGUCCGGGACGGCCACGUGCUGUGAAAUGAAUUGAAAACGCGCUGUUCAGGCGCAGUGAAACUCAAACAGGUGAGAUGUAAGAUGUGAGAGGGCGGUGAGAUGUUAGCUCUGAAAAAUCAUGUGGAGAGGAGACUUCAUGGGGCUAAUGUAAGCGUCCAAAAACAAUGGUUCUGGCUAAGGAAUACUGUUCACAGAAUUCUGCGAACGGGUUUUGGUGUUAUAACGUGCAUGUUCAAGAUGUUUCAUUGUGAGCAAAACGGUGGUCGUUACUGAAACUUUCGGCUAAAUAAUGUCACAAAUUUGUCCAGCAAGAUAAUCAUGAUAAUGGGCUUUGGAAGCGGUCGAGUUUGUUGUUACACUGUUUCCCGACCGCUGAAUAUGGUGCUGAGCUGGUUCCAUGGUGUUCGAUGGAAAUAAUCAUGUUAUAUCGGGUCCUCCAUGUUCAGAGCGGAGAUUCGGGAUCUAAUGGUAGGUAUGCGUGGUGUGAUGCCAACGGUUCCUUCAGAGAGCGCCAUGAGAACAGGCCCCGCGAUGCCUGAACUGAUCGUCGGUUAUUCCAGUUGUCAUGGUGCCAUGUUACACUUCUUGUGGCGGGUGCCGACACAAUGUGGACGUGUGUCGUCCUGAAUAACAUUCGCAGUAGCUCGAAAACAAUAAAAUGGUGAUCGCGGAA